CUAUGGCUGGGAUAUACAGCUCCACUCUGAAGACCCUGGAAGACUUGACUGACUCUGGGUAUGGGGCUGGGGACUCCUGCCGCUCGCUCAGCCUCUCCUCUUGCAAGUCCAACUCGCAAGCCUUCGCGUCGUCUCAGCCCAGGGGCAACUGGUGGUACUACUCGGGCUCCAUGAACAGUCGCAACAACAGCUGGGACACCGUCAACACCGUCCUGCCCGAGGACCCCGAAGUGGCGGACAUCUUCUCCAGAUGCGCCAAGCUGCCCGACCUGGAGGAAUUCCCUUGGACGGAGGAGGACAUUGGGAAGAUCCUCAGGAAAGGGAAAGCAGGAGGAGGGACCAAGAGGGACUUCACCCAAGAAGCGGUGCGGAGGCUGUCCGUGUUGCUGCGGAGACCCUUGAUCCGGAUCUCCAGGGAGGCGCAGCGCCUGAGCGUGAUGCACUCCAAGUGCACGCGCUUCGAGAUCCAAAGCGCCAUCAAGCUGAUCCAGAGCUGGUCGUUGUCCGAGAGCUGCGUCCUGGCCACCGUCAAGGCGCUCUCGCUCUACAGCAUGAGCGCCGGCGACGGGCUGAGGAAGGGCAAGUCGGCCAGGUGCGGCCUCACCUUUUCCGUGGGGAGGUUCUUCAGGUGGAUGGUGGAUACCAGGAUCUCGGUGAGGAUCCACGAGUACGCGGCCAUCUCUUUGACGUCCUGCAUGGAGAACCUGGUGGAGGAGAUCAAGGCCAGAGUAGUGGCCAGCCAGAGCCCCGACGGAGGUGGAGGGGGAAGUGAGAUCUCCGCAGAAGUUCUGGAGAUGGUCAUCAACAAUGAUGCGGAGCUUUGGGGAGUGCUGCAGCCCUAUGAGCACCUGAUCUGCGGGAAGAAUGCGAAUGGUGUACUUUCUCUGCCUGCGUACUUCAGUCCUUACAACGAUGGAUCCAUGUGCAGCAAUGGAAGAGCUGAUGCUUACGCCCAACUAGAACUUAGAACUUUAGAACAGUCUCUCCUGGCAACUUGUGUUGGAAGCAUCUCCGAACUGAGUGAUUUAGUGUCACGAGCAAUGCACCAUAUGCAGUGUUUGAACACGCUCCGCCCUGGCAUGAGUCCUGUACGACAAAACAGGCAGCAGCAGCAACCCAUCUCCUGGUCCCCUGAUGCCCUCCACACCCUUUAUUAUUUUUUACGCUGCCCUCAGAUGGAAUCUAUGGAAAACCCCAACCUGGAUCCACCAAGGAUGGCCUUGAAUAAUGAACGGCCAUUCAUGCUUCUUCCCCCACUGAUGGAAUGGAUGCGAGUGGCUAUAACGUAUGCUGAGCACCGGAGGAGUUUAACAGUGGACAGCGAUGAUAUAAGGCAGACGGCCAGGCUACUCUUACCUGGCUUGGACUGUGAACCUCGGCAGCUGAAGCCUGAAUGCUGCUUCAGUUCCUUCCGGAGAAUGGAUGCAAAGGCCGCCACUGAAAAAUUCCAGCAGGAUUUGGGGUUUCGAAUGCUGAACUGUGGAAGGACUGACUUAAUCAACCAAGCUAUAGAAGCAUUGGGUCCGGAAGGGGUCAAUACAAUGGACGAUCAGGGUAUGACUCCACUCAUGUAUGCCUGUUCUGCUGGUGAUGAAGCCAUGGUCCAGAUGCUGAUCGAUGCUGGUGCAAAUCUAGAUAUACCAGUCCCUGGUAGUUCCUCCCGAUACCCAUCAGUUCAUCCUGAUAGCCGGCACUGGACUGCACUCACCUUUGCUGUGUUACAUGGACAUAUCUCUGUAGUUCAGUUGCUCCUGGAUGCUGGAGCCCACGUCGAAGGCUCUGCUGUGAACAGUGGAGAGGACAACUAUGCAGAGACCCCACUCCAGCUGGCUUCAGCAGCAGGCAAUUAUGAGCUAGUCAGCUUGCUGCUGAGCCGGGGAGCAGAUCCUCUUCUCAGCAUGCUGGAAGCCAAUGGCAUGUCCUCAUCGCUUCACGAGGACAUGAAUUGCUUUAGCCACGCCGCUGCACAUGGACACAGAAAUGUUCUGCGCAAGCUCUUGACCCAGCCGCAGCAGUCCAAGGGAGAUGUCCUCUCGCUGGAAGAGAUUUUAGCAGAGGGCGUGGACAGUGACACCUCCAGCCAAGGAAGCUCCAACGAGGGCCAGGUUAAGCUAUGCAAAGCCAGGAUGAAGGCUUUGCAAGAGGCCAUGUACUACAGUGCUGAGCAUGGCUACGUCGACAUCACAAUGGAGCUCAGAACGCUUGGAAUCCCAUGGAAGCUCCACGUGUGGAUUGAGUCACUCCAAACAACUUUUUAUCAGUCUCGUUACUCAGUAGUGCAGAAUCUUCUACGGGAAUUCGUCACCAUUAAAGAAGAAGACUACAAUGAAGAGCUGGUUAAUGAUGGACUGCAGCUGAUGUUUGAAAUCCUCAGAACCAGCAAAAAUGAGUCUAUCAACCAGCAACUUGCCUCUAUCUUCACUCACUGCUACGGAAGCAGCCCCAUCCCUGGCAUUCCUGAAAUCAGGAAGACACUUCCAGCACGCCUAGAUCCUCACUUUUUAAAUAACAAAGAUAUGUCCGAUGUUACUUUUCUAGUGGAAGGAAAACUGUUUUAUGCACACAAAGUUCUCCUGGUGACUGCUUCAAACAGGUUUAAGACACUGAUGACCAAUAAAACUGAACAAGACAGUCAAGGCAGCAAGACUGUAGAAAUUAGUGAUAUGAAGUACAAUAUCUUCAAGAUGCUGAUGCAAUAUUUAUAUUAUGGAGGAACAGAAUCUAUGGAAAUUCCUACUGCUGAUAUUUUAGAGCUGCUCUCGGCUGCCAGCCUAUUCCAGUUGGACGGCCUCCAGCGACACUGUGAAAUACUUUGCGCCCAAACCAUCAGCACCGAAAGCUGCGUCAACAUCUAUAAAUAUGCCAAGAUCCACAGUGCCCAGGAACUAGUCUGUUUCUGCGAGGGCUUCUUCCUCAAACACAUGAGUGCCUUGUUGGACCAGGAGCCUUUCAAACAGCUCAUCUACGGCAGGAACAGUAAAGUUCAGGGUCUGGAUCCCCUGCAGGACUUGCAGUCCACACUGGCCAGCAGACUUCAUUCCAUUUACAUCACCUCACGGGUGUGAUUGCCAAGAGGAACUACAGUGACCCUGUCUGGAUAAGCUGGGAUGCUCAAAGCACUUGCUCAUCUAACUGCACUAGGACGGGAUUUUGGCCCAAAUAUGCCGGCUUCCCUCGCCAGCAACUGGAUUGCUGAAAGUUCCUCCACCAGAUCCAAAAAUCCCCAGUACAAAAGACCUGACCAUUCACUGUGCAGCUGGGAUUUAUAGGCACGGACACCCAAAGCAAAUACUCCAGUCUAGCUCAGGAAACAUUGCUUGCUGGAUUAGAAGCUGCAAGUAUAAAUCAUUCAGGCAGGAAAACAUGCAGUCUGUUGCAUUUUUGUGAAGGAGAUGCACAUUCUGAAGUAUGUUGUAAUGUACAUUCUCCACCACAUUUAGUUGCACGUCAACAGCUUGUUUGGGUGUGACAAAACUGAAUCGGUACCUUAAUGCUUUGAUCUGUACUGGAAAUUAGAUGGCAGGGUUGGGAAGUCGCUAACUGGGAACAAAACUCCUCCCUAACACCAAGGGCUUUUUUCAGCUGGAACUCACUAGAACUCAGUUCCAGCACCUCUCAGAUGGGUGCCAUUGCCAUUCUGAAAGAACGAGGGAGGAGUUCGUGGUGAGUUCUGGCACCUCUUUUUCUAGAAAAAUAGCACUGCUAACACCCAACACUUUGGUCAAGGGUUGCUUCCACCUUUGCAUUCUCUACUGGAUGAAAAUUUAGGGUGGAAUAUUUAAAAAACUGGGACAUCAUGCCAUCUAUGCAAAGCGCUCACUGUUUGGGGAGAGAUUUGCCAGUGAACGAUGCUUCUUCUGUGAAGGGCGUAUUGUUAAUAGACUAAAGGAGGAAAAGGAUAGAGGGGAGCUGUAUAGGAACAAGGGGGAGAGAGAUGUAGAGCGUGGAUGGGGAACCUGUGGCUCUCCAGGUGUUGCUGGCCUCAAACUCCCAUCAGCCCCAGCCAGCAUGGCCAGUCUUGAGGGAUGAUGGGAGUUGCAGUCCCACAGUAUCCAGAUGGCCACAGGCUCCCCACCCCUGUUGUAGUGUUUCAGGGAAGUUACUAGAAGUGUAAUAGAAAUGUGGGACUGCUUGGUGUGAAUAUAUGUUUUAGAGGCAAGAGAAGUUUUUCUCCACAAUCAUAUCUAGGUUUUUUUCGACCCUGUGAACUGCCCUCCCCACGCGCUGAAGCAUUUUCGUUUUAACAUGUCAUUGGGAGGUUGGGAGAGCAUUCAAUACAAAACCAAGCAUCUUUGUAAAUGAUUAUUUCAUCAGUUUUGAGGAUGAUAAAGGUCAAAGCGCUUCAGCAUAUUAUGGCUGAGAAAAUUAACUCUGAGGUAGACACCUUUUCUCAGGCAUCAAGCCUACUUUCUUGCAUCUCUCACUCACCACUGAACCAUUUGUCUCUCUCUCCUUCAUCUUUCUGCAUAAAUACACCAACAUCACACAGUACUGAAAUGUCAUUGCUGCCAAGGUAAAAGAAUUCAGCCCUUCAAAAAGCCAGGAGGAACUUCAUGAGCAGCACAUGUUGAAAGUGGGCCAGGAAUAGGGAGAGGAUCAGAAUGCUAAAAGUUAAAAAAUGCUCAGUGCAAACAGGCUCUUGCACAGUAGUUGUCCAAGGCAGUUGUUAAACUAGGUGGUAAGAUUAUACACCCUUCAAUCAAUCACUUUUGAAAUUUGGACCAGAAACAAACCCACAAAUUCACAUUUCCCUCCCUGACCCCAGAAAUCACAGAAAAGGUCAAGCUUGUUUGGGAAUAUCCCCAAAAGUUGUAAUUCUGGAAAAUAAUUUUGAAAAAGCUGUUUCAGCUAUCUGUACAAAAAAAAUAUUAUAGAUUCUGUUGCAUUGCUGUAAUGUUGUCUGCUACAUUAACUGUACAUUAAUGUCACUUAUGUAAAUGUACCAUAUUUUAUUAACAACAUAACUUUUGUUAAACUUUA